AUGCUCCCUGUUCCUCGCCCAUCUGGCGCCCAAUUCCUCUUUCUGCUCCUGCUCCUGCUGCCCUCGACGCCCCUGGCCAGGGGCCCAGCAUCCUCAGGUCCCGCCAUGGCGGCCCUACUCCAGGCCCUCGGACUACAAGACGCGCCCCGGGGCGCCCCUCCGCUCCGACCUGUGCCUCCUGUCAUGUGGCGCCUGUUCCGCCGCCGAGACCCCCAGGAGGCCAGAGGGGGGCACCCUCUGCCACCAUGCCACGUGGAGGAACUGGGGGUCCCCGGAAACAUCGUGCGCCACAUCCCGGGCAGCGGCCUGUCCUCCAGUCCCCCAGAGCCCGCCAGGACCCCGGGGGUGUGCCCCGAGUGGACUGUCGCCUUCGACAUGUCGAGCGUGGGGCCCACGGAGCACCCGACACGCGCGCGCCUGGAGUUGCGGCUGGAGGCCGAGAGCGAGGACGCGCGAGGCCGGGAGCUAAGCGUGGCGCUGCCGGCCGGGCGCCCCGAGCUCCUGCGCGUGCCGGCGCCGCCCGGGCUGCCGCUGCGUGUGGACCUACUGGGGACGGCGGUGGCCGCCAACGCCUCGGUGCCGCGCGCGCUGCGGCUGGCCCUGGCGCUGCACCCCGGGGCCUCAGCCGCCUGUGCGCGCCUGGCUGAGGCGUCACUGCUGCUGGUGACACUGGACCCGCGUCUGUGUCCUCCGCCGCGACUGCGGCGCCACACGGAGCUGGCGGUGGGCGGCGGCCCCGGGGGCACGUGUCGCGCCCGGCGGCUGCACGUGAGCUUCCGUGAGGUGGGCUGGCACCGCUGGGUGAUAGCGCCGCGGGGCUUCCUGGCCAACUUCUGCCAGGGCGCGUGUGCACUGCCGGAGACGCUGCGGGGCCCCGGCGGGCCGCCCGCCCUCAACCACGCCGUGCUGCGCGCGCUCAUGCACGAAGCCGCCCCCGCCCCGGGGGGAGGCCUGCCCUGCUGUGUGCCCGCGCGCCUGUCGCCCAUCUCCGUGCUGUUCUUCGACAACAGCGACAACGUGGUGCUGCGCCACUACGAGGACAUGGUGGUGGACGAGUGCGGCUGCCGCUGAGUGCCUGGGACACCCCUGCAGGGAUGGCCCCAAGCGGAAGCGAGGCUCGUUUGUUCACGUUUUAUUGGUGACAAAAAGCUUAAAACAAAUUUGACCAAAAAUUAA